AUAUUUUUCAGUAUGCGUCCCAAUAUAUUUGUUGGUAUGUGUGAGGGGUCAUCCAUGUAUAAGCGGUGGUACUUUGAGGUUGUCGUGGACCAUUUAGAGACAGUGACGCAUCUAGAGCCUCACAUUCGCAUUGGCUUUGCCAACACUGAGGGGUAUAGCUGCUUCCCCGGGGGUGGUGAACACUGGGGGGCCAAUGGGGUGGGCGAUGAUCUCUACUCGUAUGGAUUUGACGGAACAAGUCUUUGGACAGGUGGCAAGCCCCAAUCUGUCAGGACCACUCAUCAUAAAUUUGAGAAGGGGGACAUUAUAGGGUGCGCCCUUGAUCUGAGUGUCCCACAGAUGAUGUUUACUGUCAAUGGGGUCCGUGUACGUGGAUAUUUCAGGGAUUUCAAUAUAGAUGGCAUGUUCUACCCAGUUGUCAGUAUGUCGGCAAAAUCCAGCUGCCGAUUCAUGUUAGGAGGAGACCAUGGUAAACAGAAACAUGGUCCACCAGAGGGCCACGCUCCUGUAUUUGAGUCUUUGCUUCCACGAGAGAAGCUGCGUAUCGAGCCAUGCUUCCAGUUUGGCGAUGCUCCACGGGGACUGUUGUGUGGGCCUAACGAAGCUGUAGAGCACAUCGCCUUUGUACCUAACCCCAUUGAUACGUCCCAUAUCCAACUUCCUGCCUAUAUAGAAAAUGUACGAGACAGACUGGCUGAGAAUAUCCACGAAUUGUGGGCUAUGGGCAAGAUAGAACAAGGUUGGGUCUGGGACGAGAGGCGUGAUGACCAGAGACGUCUUCAUCCAUGUUUGACGACGUUUGAGCGCCUGCCUCGCAGUGAACGGCAGUAUGAUAUCACACUCGCAUAUGAAACCUUGAGGACACUACUGGCUCUAGGCUAUCAUAUCAGCAUCAAUCCACAGGUGCAGGAGAACAACAGGAUCAAGACAGUCAAGCUUCCACAAAACUACCUGCAGCCUAAUGGCUAUAAACCCACCCCUCUAGACCUUAUGGGGAUCCAGCUUAAUGACAAGAUGGAUGAACUGGUUGACUGCCUGGCAGAGAACACUCACAAUGUAUGGGCAAGGGACCGUAUCAAGCAGGGCUGGACGUAUGGUGUCAUUGAGGACCAGUACACCAGGAGGAGCCCACAUUUGGUGCCCUACAACAAAGUUGAUCCACUCAUCAAGAAAGCCAACAGAGAGACUGCCAAUGAGACAGUGAGAACACUACUUGCUUAUGGAUACCAGCUAGAACCCCCCACCAAUGAGGCAGGGGAGAGUGGUACGUCACCCUCAGGUUUGUCUCGGGAUCUUUCGGACAAGAAACAACCAUACAGGACAUAUCGCGGUGAGACAACCUAUGCUGUGACCAGCGGGAAAUGGUACUAUGAACUAGAGGUCAUUACCCCUGGGUACAUGAGGGUCGGCUAUUGUAAAGUGUCAUUCAAGCCUGGCAAGGAACUUGGGGAGGAUGACAAAUCAUAUGGAUUUGAUGGAUAUGCCGCCAAGAAAUGGCACCAGGGUGCUGAAAGCUAUGGUAAACAAUGGCAGGAAGGUGACGUCAUAGGCUGCUUGCUUGAUAUAACAGAUAAAACCAUUACAUUUUCACUGAAUGGAGAGUUGAUGAUGGAUAGCAUGGGCCAAGAGAUAGCUUUUAAAGACAUCAGCAUCACAGAGGGCUAUGUACCUGCCUUUACACUUGGAGCUAAACAACUAGGCAAGCUGAACUUUGGCCAGGAUGUUAACACAUUGAAAUACUUCACAUGUUGUGGCCUACAGGAAGGAUAUGAACCAUUCUGUGUGAAUAUGACUCGGCAGAUGACUCUAUGGUAUGGGAAAGACCAGGCCAUCUAUGAACCAAUGAGCAAAGCUCAUCCUAGACUUGAUGUACAGAGGAUUCAAGGAGGAAGUGGAAGUCCCCCUUGCCUGAAGGUGAACUCCAAGAACUUUGGCACUCUAGAAAAAGUUCGCUUGGAGUUCCUGCGACUCUCCAUGCCUGUCAUCUGUCAGGACCAAUUCACACACAUCAAGAAGGGCUCUGCGGCAGAUGUUGAACGUCGACUUAACUUAGAGAACAUUCACCGACGUCAAGAAGAGGAAGAGCACUUCAACCAGGCCACCAACAGUGAGGGCGGCAACAAGAUUAUUGCAGGGGGAGCUGAAUAUGACCCUACAGACACCGACGAGGAAGUUGAAAUGUUAUCGUCUUCGUCCCCACUCCGCGAGAAUGCAAGCAAUCGUGUCCAUGUAUUGAGCCUAUCAUCUCCCACAGAUUCCAUGAAGCGUCCACCCACCUGCAAUAGCAUCGAGUCAGCUGCCACAUUACAAAAUGGCGAUGCACCGGUGCCAAUUUUGAAAAACAAAAAGCACGCCUUAAGACGAGGCCUUACAGAUGACCGUACAGAUGGUAGCGAUCGGCGAUCACGAAAAUUACACAAACAAUCUGAAUCGUUUGACGAGACUGCUGCACGCGAUGAAGGACUUAGUAAUGGGCGCCUUAAACGUGGGUCCAGCGAGACACGUCUGGAUGUGCCAGCAGAAGGACUCGGCAAACAAGGUCGAUCAGGCUCUAAAUCAUCCAUCAUGGAUAAGUUUAGCGAUAUAUCCAAGAAGUUGAACGAUCAUAAAGAUCAUAAGGACAAAGACGCUCCAAAGGAGAAAAAAGAACGAGGGAAAUCACCAUUUAGUUUAUUCAAAAAGUCAAAAUCACGAGACACCUCCCCGAGUUCCUCAUUCAGAAAUCGCUCAAUGGAUCGUCAGAGAUUGGAUAUCAAACCACCGUCUAAAUGGAAAACCAGCAGCUAUCGUGGUGAUGAGAAAACAUCUGAAUUCGAUGAGGCACCGGCUAUCAACGUCCACGCACCUGCUGUACCACCAGAAUUUGAUCUGGGACCAAAUGCUCAGCCAUUCAUUCGACCAAAUGCCAGCUUUGGCUCUUUGAAUGAUUUUGAGUCUGAUGCAGAUGCAAGUGAGCUCCAAGCUCUCGCUGACAUCAUAGAUGAGUAUUACUAUGGGGUUCGCAUCUUCCCUGGCCAGGACCCAGCGCACGUCUAUGUUGGCUGGGUCACCCCUGGCUUCCACAUGUUUUCCAAGGAGUUUGACAUGAAGGGCAUUAGGAAUGUGAUUGUCUGCCAACUCGAUGUCAACUAUAAGAUGAAGUCAAGCUUCAGCCGCAAGAACUGCUACAUGGUAUCUGCAGGGGAUCUCCAGCACAGAUAUGGCAGUCAGGAGGCAACGUCAUCACGUCGUGGAUCUCCAGGACUUCUCAUUGGCUGUCACGUAGACACCUCUACAGGUGCUCUGAGUUUCACACUGAAUGGUAAGGAGGUUGCCAACAAGUUUGCAGUAGAACCUGGCACAAUGCUCUUCCCUGCUGUAUUCUGUGAACCAACCAGUAAGGAAGUGAUGCAGUUUGAGCUUGGAAGAACUAAGGACACUCUUCCACUGUCAUCCGUGCUAUUCAGAGGGACCAAGUAUGCCCUCCCCCAGUGCCCUCCACGCCUGGAUGUACAGGUGCUCAAGCAAUCCCAGUGGUCUCGAGUCCCCAACCAGGCACUAAAGGUGCACACGUUGAAGCUAUCUGAGAUACGUGGGUACAGUAUGCUGUGUGAGGACCCGGUCCCAAUGAUGGCUAUCCACAUACCAGAGGAAGAUAGAUGCCUUGAUAUGCUGGAGCUGAUUGAACAUGAACAUAUUCUCAAAUUUCACAAGAAGACACUGGACUUGUACCAGGCAGUGUGUUCCCAUGGCAACCAUAAGAUGGCUCAUGAACUCAUCAAACAUGUAGAUGAGAAACAGCUGAUGUACUGUAUUCUCAAUGAAUAUGUAUCUGGACCUCUGAGAAUGGGCUUCCAUAACCUGCUGAUUACUCUACAUCUGGAUACACAUGCUCAUCUAAUGGAGAUGACAGUCAAUGAGUACAUCAUCCCAUUGGCGUUUGACCCCAAGUCACUGAAACUAUGUAACAGACCCAAUGAGAAUGACGAUGCCCUUACACGCAUGAGGAAGUCUAUACCACCCCUUGAUGUGGGUGUCUCCAUAAGACCAAAGCUCCAGAUAGAGAAGGAAGCAGCUGACAGAUUCAAGGUCACCAGUGAGUACAAGGACCUGACAAGUCCCUACUUCCCCCUAGACCGCCUGAAGCACUACAUCAUGCAUUUACUCACCCAGGCUGUUCAGAAAGGAGCAGAACAUAUUAGAGACCCCAUUGGAGGAUCUAAUGAAAACCUAUUUGUGCCAUUACUGAAAGUAUGUGACAAUCUCCUGGUAAUGGGCCUACUGGAUGACAAGGACCUCAUGGACCUACUGAAGAUUAUAGAUCCUCAAUCAUUUGAUGACAGCUUCAAGGCAAGCGGUGUCAAGGGACUGAUCCAUAUGAAGCUAGCUGAGCCAGUACAGCUAGAGUUGUGCUUCCUUCUUCAACAUCUAUGUGACAGUUUCCUACGUCAUCGCAUCGAGGCCAUCGUUGCAUUUUCUGAUGAGUUUGUGACGGAAUGCCAGAACGACCAGCUGAAACGCUACCAUGAGAUCAAACAGACAGAUUUCCCUCCUGCCGUCAUGGCAAGGAAGACUCGCGAGUUUAGGUGUCCACCUCAGGAACAAAUGAGAUCAUUGCUCUCAUUCAGGUCUGAGAAUGAGGAAGAGGCGAACAUGUGUUCAUGUCGACCCGACCUUCGUGACCUGCUCUCUAACUUCCACUUAGACCUGCUCAACACUUGCCGUCUGAAACAAAUAGAUGAAGAGGGGGAGUCUGGGAAGGAAAAGGAGGUUGAAGAGAAGGAGGUAUCAUGGGGUGAAAAAUUGAUGACCCUCGUUGCUUCCAAGAAAACUGAAUUAUCAGUGGAGGCGCCAACCAAUGAACAACCAGAUUCCAUCCAAAAACUGAUCGCAGCCACUGUCGUGCGCUGGGCUAAAACAGACUUCAUAGCCAGCCAAGCCCUUGUGCGUGAGAUGUUUAGUCUCCUACAUAGACAGUAUGAUGGUCUAGGAGAGGUAUGCAGGGCUCUGGAGAAGACCUAUGUCAUCAGUAGUGCCUCAACUGAAGACAUUAACAAUCUAUUGAGGGCACUGGGGAUCACACGUGCCUUGCUGAAUGUACAAGUAGGAGGCGAGGAGGAGGAGCUAUUGAAAACAAGCUUAUGGGAACUGAUGGACAACAAAGUAUUCUUCCAACACCCAGACUUGAUGAGGGCUCUGGGGAUGCACAAAACAGUACAGAAGCUCAUGGUGAACACACUGAACCGCUCCUCCCAGCAGAAAAACCAGAGCGCCCCACAUGAAGACUCAAUCAGCCAGAGAAGGAACUCUUCUACUGGGAUUGCUGUAGUCCCACCUGAAGACACUGCUAUAAGUGAUAGCGCAGACAUGGUCGUGAUGUGCAGUCGUUUCCUAUGUUACUUCUGUCGUACAGGCAGCCAUAACCAAAGAGCCAUGUUUGAACAUCUUAGCUAUCUCCUUGACAACAGCAGUAUGUUGCUAUCCCGACCUUCACUGAGGGGUAGCUGCCCACUAGAUGUCGCUUACUCCUCUCUCAUGGAUAACAACGAGCUUGCUCUCGCGCUCCGAGAGUCACAUCUUGAGAAGGUAGCCAUCUAUUUGGCUCGCUGUGGUAUCCAAUCAAAUGCUGAGUUGGUUGCCAAGGGAUACCCAGAUAUCGGUUGGGAUCCUGUAGAGGGAGAACGUUUCCUUGAUUUCUUCAGAUUCUGUGUCUGGGUAAACGGUGAGAGUGUAGAAGAGAAUGCUAGUCUGGUGGUUCGUCUGUUGAUCAGACGUCCCGAGUCCCUUGGUCCGGCCUUGCGUGGUGAGGGUGGGGGUCUGCUGAAGGCAAUGAAGGAUGGUAUCAAAAUGUCUGAACAGAUAGCUGCCUCUAAGGGAGAUGAGAACAGUGGCUUUCUACAGGCUGUGGCAGAUGAGGAUGAGGAUGGAGCACAGUAUCUGCUACAAAGUAAAUGGGACUUCUCGACACUUCCCCCUGACGAUGAUGAGGACUACAUAGACAUGGGUGGCGCCAUCUUAACUUUCUACUCUGUACUAGUUGACCUACUAGGGCGCUGUGCCCCCGGAGAGGAAGCUAUCAAAGCAGGACGCAGCGACUCACUCAGGGCUCGUGCAAUCUUACGCAGUCUCGUCUCUAUGGAGGAUCUAGAGGGCGUCUUGGGGCUGAGGUUUAUCCUCCCCGUGUCAUCCCCACAACAGCAGGUGGAGGAAGCUGAGAAUGAGGCCACCAAAGAGGACCUACCACCAGGCCUCCUGCCCAUUCACAAGGCUGCAAUAGUGCUAUUUUUGGAGAGAGUAUAUGGAAUAGAGGACCAGCUGACAUUCUUCAGGCUUCUAGAGAACUGCUUCUUGCCCGACCUCAGAGCUGCAACUACUCUUGAUACAGCUGCAGCGUCUGAGAGUGAUAUGGCUCUCGCCUUGAAUCGCUAUCUCUGCAACUCUGUUCUGCCCCUGCUCACAACGCAUAAUUUCUACUUCGAUGAUGCUGAUCACGCCUCUACGCUGCUAGACUCCACUCUUCAUACAGUGUAUCGUCUUUCAAAGUGCAGAUCUCUCACCAAAGGACAGAGGGACACUGUCUCUGAUUUCUUGGUGGCCUUAACUAGUCAACUGCGUCCUCCAAUGAUGACCCGUUUGUUGAGGAAGCUGACCGUAGAUGUUCCAGCCCUGAAUGAGAACACAGUAGUACCAUUGCGAGUGCUGACUCAUCACUAUGAGCGUUGUGGUCGUUACUAUGGCAGCCUUGGAGGAUUUGGAGGUCAUGGUUCAGCUACAGAAGAAGAGAAGAGACUAACCAUGAUGCUCUUUAGCAGUAUAUUUGACUCAUUGGCUCAAAUAACUUAUGAUCCAGAGCUCUUUGCCAAAGCCCUUCCUUGCUUGUCUGCGAUUGGCUGUGCUCUGUCACCUGACUACUCAUUGACCAAUCAGGAUGAGCAAUGGUACCAGCAGAUUUCUGACACUGAUGGGGUCUACAACCCUAACCCUAUUGAAACAUCAA